AUGGAGAAGGACGCGACGAUAUUUGAGUGCGUGAGCGAGAUGGCUGCGAGGAAGGGUUGCACGUCGUCCCAGCUGGCCCUGGCUUGGGUUCAUCACCAGGGAAGUGAUGUGUGCCCCAUACCCGGCACAACAAAAGUUGAGAAUCUCAACCAGAAUGUGAGAGCGCUUUCUGUGGAGCUCACGGCCGAGGAGAUGGUCGAGCUCGAGUCCUACGCCGCCAUGGAUGCGGUCCAAGGUGAUCGGUACCACAACACGUUCCUCAACACCUGGAAGGACUCCGAGACCCCUCCCCUGUCAUCCUGGAAAGCCACUUAA